AUGUCUCAAAUCUUCUGUUCUUUCCUCGUUGUGGUUUCGGUUCUUACCUCUGCCGUCUUGUGUCGAGAUACGUUGGGUCUUCCCGACGGUUAUAUAAACCUUACUACUGCUAACUUUGAUGCCGAAAUCGUCCGCAAUGCUCAAGUACUUGCAUCGUUGAAGCCAGCAGGAGGGACUUUUGACUUCCUCCCCUUCGAUUACCUCUCUCUCCGAGCCAAGAAUGGCCAAUAUCACGGGGGAGACAUCACCUUUCGGUACCGCACAUCUGGGAGCACAACCUGGAUCACCGGCGACUCUUCCAGGUCGCGAAAGAAAGUGACUGCACUUUCAACGGGGGCACUGGCAGCGUCAGGGCUUACACCCACACUUCCUACCGGUCCAUUGAAUAUCACGCGGGAAUGGAUCAAUGUGUCCGGCGACCUUGGUCUCCAGUUUACUAUUGUCAAUUCGGGAUACUCAGCCAUCGAGAUCGGAAGCCUGGGAUUUCCCGCAGAGUUCAACAGCAUUUUCACAAACCGUCAAGCUAUCGACAUAUCACGUUUGUGUUCCCUCUCCGACCCGUACAUUGGGAUGCACGCAGGCCAGAUUCGCGUUGCGCCUACUAGUGGGGAUGGUCCGGCGCUCGUAGUCACGCCUCUUGGCGACACACCGAUGGAGGCCUACCGUAAUCUGGAAGAGACCUACUACGAUGACACCGCCUACGGCAGUCAGGUUUUUGAAGGCUUUUACGAGUGGCAAGUAUUGAGCAAGGCUUGGGCUGAGAACGAGUGGGCUGGCAAAGAGCCGUGGAAUGAGCCUUCUUCAAGAACGCUGCAGCCGGGCGGGUCGCUGAAGUUUGGACUCCGAUUCUCCGUGGCGAAGGGCGGCGUCAGAGAUCUCGACUCAACAGUUCGAGGGAUCGGAAUGCCUGUUGCUCACGGAGUCCCAGGGUAUAUCAUCCCCAGAGGCACGGCUGCCGACCUCUUCCUCCAGGGGUGGUCUGCUGUCAACUCAAUUACCGUGAAACCCACAGGUGCCUUGGCAUCGGAUUCGACUGGUAAUGGACACUAUACGGUAACACCUUCCAGGAGUGCGUGGGGUCGUGUGCGAUUGACUGUGGCCUAUGCGGACGGGAAAGUUCAGACGAUACACUAUUAUGUUACAAAGCCGGGGACAGAGGCGAUCGCGAAUCUUGGCCAGUCCCUCACGACAGAUCAAUGGUUCACCAACACGUCGGAUCCUUUUGGCCGCGCUCCCUCGGUUAUGACUUAUGACUAUGAAGCAAGAUCAAUCCUUCAACAAGAUUCAAGAGCCUGGGUGGCUGGUCUCAGCGAUGAGGCUGGUGCGGGUUCCUUCCUCGCCGCAUGCAUGAAGCAAGCAGCACAUCCUAAUGCAGGUCAAAUCAUGAAACUUGAGUCAUUCAUAGAUGGCGUUCUAUGGAAGACAAUUCAGACGUUCGACUUUGCAGUUAGGAAAAGUACUUUCUUCUACGAGCCAGAUGCUGUUCCUGGGUAUACUUACGACAGUAGUAUGGACUGGAGUAGCUGGACGUCUUGGAACAAAGCUUCAGCAUAUACACCUGAUCGUGCCUACGACUACGUUCAUGUCGCUGCCGCAUAUUGGGGUCUAUACCGUGCUGGAAGGGCGUACCCUAGCCUCAUCAAGAGUCACACUUGGGAUUGGUAUCUCAACCAAUCUUACAGCACAAUUAUUCGAGCUAUGCAAGACGAUAUUGCUUAUAAUCAAGACGGACUCAUGGGCGAGACUGUUUUCGGCGAGAUCCUUACCGAUCUCACUCGUGAGGGUCUUUCGUCUCAGGCGCAGGCUCUAACGGCAGCAAUGAAGUCUCGAGCGGAUCAGUGGAACACCGAGGCAGUGCCUUUUGGCAGUGAGAUGGCUUGGGACUCAACGGGACAGGAAGGCGUGUACUAUUGGUCAAAGUACUUCGGAUAUACUAGCACAGUGACGAAGACCGUGAACAGCGUGCUAGGAUACAUGCCAACCGUGCCGCACUGGGGAUGGAACGGCAAUGCUCGACGAUACUGGGACAACAUAUACGGAGGCAAGCUCCGCCGCAUUGAGCGUCAAAUCCACCAUUACGGAUCCGGAUUGAACGCUCUCGUUCUGCUUAGUGCGUUCCGUAGUAACCCAUCAGACUCCUACCUCCUGCGCGUUGGGUAUGGUGGAACUAGCGGGCCGGUCUCCAGCAUCAACCAGGAUGGUUUUGCCGCUGCAUCUUUCCACUCUUGGCCCGAUACGUUGAAAUGGGACGGCUUCAGCGGAGACUACGGGCCAAAUUUCGUGGGUCUCGUACUUGGUACCCGGACAUAUGUCGUGCAGGAUAGUGAUGUUGGACUUGUGGCAUAUGGUGGUGUGCUGACAAGCUCAGGUACUUCCGUCAGUGUGCAGACGGCGGACCCAGUGCGGAGGAUCUUCAUCGGGCCGCUAGGGGUCUUGAUUACUGUUGAUGCGGGUAUUAUCAACAACUUCAGGUACGUGCCCGGAACCUGCGCAAUCAGCAUUACUCUUUCACAGCUUUCUGAUGUACCAGUGGCGGCGAAUGCGGUGCUGUGGGUGGAAAGUACUACUGGGACAAGGAACCACUCGGUUGCGACCGCUGGAAUCACAACAACUCGAUUGGGCUGGCAGAUUCCCUUAUCGUCUGCUAGUGUUACUGUACAAUUAACUUAG